AAACUUAAUGCUGGGGUAACCCUACAAUGGACUAGCAUCCCAUCCAGGGGGGAGUAGAAAUAUCUCCCAGUCACUUCCUGCUACAGAAACCGUGAUAAGCUCUGCCCUGAUGGGCCACUUGGCUUGUGCCCAGACUUAACCCAACUUACCUUAAGUGAUAAAUAAACACUUCGUUGUUUCAUUUCCCUUGGCCUCAGAAUCAAAUUAACAUUUUAAAUAACAUUCAAUACUGGCUUUUUGACCAGUGGAUAACAUUUACCUUUAUUGUUGAUGACUGAAUGCACCUGUUGGUGACAAGCUGCGUUGUGUUCCAGCAUUGUUGUUUGCAUAAGCUUCUCACUGUAGCCUGCACUCUUUUAAACAAUCCUUUCAAAUCCUCAUCUGAUUUCACCCCAUUAUAAAAACAAUUAUAACUUCCACUGGAGCAGUUUCCCAACAGAGAUCUGAGUUUCGAAAGUUCACCUGCAGUUGUAGAAGAUACUAACUUUGUUGAAGUUGAAUUGCAUUCUUCGAAGGACUUUUUCAAAUCUGCGCAUUUCCCAAAAUCCGGCGACACUUUCAAGAUGAUGCCAUCAUUUAAACUGAUUCCAAAAGGCUUCAAAAAAACGUUGUAGAUGAGCAACUCGUUCGGCGAAUACAGUGCAAAUCCCCAUUUGAGAAUGCACAGGUAGUAAAAUAGACCAAUAAAAAUAAAGUUCCUCAUUGCAAAAGUGCAAGAAUCCAAUAAUUUGUCACUUCCUUUCAACCAAGAGUUAAUUACGCCAUUUUGUUUCCUUUUCUACGUGUCAAUUACUACCAGUCAGCGGUUUUUUUUUUAAAUAGUGCCAGUCUCCCAAAUUGGCACGGUUAAGAUGGUGGACGUACCAUCCCCUUUUUCCUCAAAUGCACCAUACUAAAUACUAAAAUGGAUCAUUUUCAAGGCAAGAGAGACUUUCAGGUUCAAGGAACAAAUGAUCGCGCUACACUAAGCAAGUCUUCUACUGUGACACAAGGAUAUUAUGAAGACAAAUUUCUCCAGUAUUUUGUCUCCAAAUCUUCUAGAAGGGCACCAAUCAUUCAUAGGUUGAUACUCAAUAUCCUAAAAGGUUCCCAGAAAGCUUCUACUGUGAACCUUUUGAGGAUGAACGCCCUAAGAGGCACCAAAACUGCUUUUUUAACCCCCAAAGGAUACGACAAGCACCUCCCUCCUUUUUAUGUGGGAGUCGUGUCACCCUCUGGGUGCAGUGGAUGCCAGGGUGCAUAUUUGUAUGUGCACCACACUGAAGAUCUCCAGCAUGGUUCUUCAAUUCUUCCGGUGUGCUGGCAUAUGAGUGUGAUCCCUGGUGUAACUUGGCACAGACCAUCUCACCACUUGCUCAAUAUCCUAAAAGGUACCCAGAAAGCUUCUACUGUGAACCUUUUGAGGAUGAACGCCCUAAGAGGCACCAAAACUGCUUUUUUAAUCCCUAAAGGAUACGACAAGCACCUACGUCCUUUUUAUGUGGGAGUCGCGUCACCCUCUGGGUGCAGUGGAUGCCAGGCUGCAUAUUUGUAUGUGCACCACACUGAAGAUCUCCAGCAUGGUUAUUCAAUUCUUCCGGUGUGCUGGCAUACGAGUGUGAUCCCUGGUGUAGCUUGGCACAGACCAUCUAACCACUUGACUUCAGAACACCCAGAUAUUGAGAAAGUGAUAUUUUUGAUUGGCAGGAUGAACCAUUUUAAGCAUCCAGUUGGGGCUCCUUUGCAUGCCACAGAAGCUUUUCCAACUCGACAAAGUCAAAUCCAACGUUUUAUGAAAGAGGGCUGGCCUUUAGUCCAUUGUCCCACAUUGAACUUCUUCUACUAUGAUACAUUACCGGAGAAAGAAAAAGCUCGACUGCAAGAUCUGGAGCCUUUUGACGAGUUUGAGGAAUGGCACCUCAUGUGCUCACAUUACAUCGUCCUCUCAGCUUUCAAAGGAUCCUGUCAGGAUAUCAAAGAAGAGCUGUUUUUCCAACACAGUGCACUGUUUGACGAGUCGGCAAUUCUUGAAGAGAACCCGUGCUCUCUUCAUACUGUAGAUGUUUUACCUUCGCGGGAUGGACUUAAAAGGUUUGGUCACACAGCCACUCCAUUGUCUGAUAGUGUAGUUCUUCUCACUGGGGGAUUUGGCCUUGAUAAUGGAAAACAUAUGCGACUCAAUGGCGUUCAGUUACUGCGGAUUGUUCAAGGUGUUUGGCAUUGUACAGACGUGGCUUCAGACUCGGAGAUUAUACUUGGUGGCCGAAUCUUCCACAGUGCAACAAAAUUAAACGACAAUAAUAUUUUAAUACAUGGUGGUCGGACAUCCCCGGCAAAACCUUGUGCAGAAACACUUUUGUUAUCGCUGAAGGACAAGGAUGAAUCACAAUCUUCCGAUUCUUCAAACGUUCAUGUUAACUGCCGCUCCGAGAGUGAACGUAAAAGCUGUGAAGAAGUUCAGGACUCUUGUGAAGGGAAAAUGAGAUACAAGCAUACGAUUUUAAGUUGUCAAGGAGAUAUCCCACAACCAAGAUGGCGACACAGUGCAACACGUAUUGUUCUACCUGAUGGUAUGUCAAACUGUUUUGUAUUUUAAUUCCUCAUUGUGUGUUGAAUAUCAACGCACUAUACUUAAACAAACGCAUUUGAAUAACCUCCAUCUAUGGUUUGAUGCGUGUCUUAGUCUAUUACUGUUCGUCCCCAAUUUCUUAAUCCAGGAAGAUUGAAAAGUUUUGUUUUCUGUCGAACCAACGUUGACAAGGUGUGCUUCCAGAUUUUGGGUGAAAAUCGUGUUUUUGUUGUUGUUGUUGUUGUU